AUUCUGAAGCAAAAUUCACAGCUUUCAGUCCAAGAAUGCUGUUAGCUGGCUGAUUCUUUCAGAUCUGCAAUUCUCAUCUCCCAAGAGCUCUUCUUUCUCCAGAGAAGUGCCCCCACCUUGAAUGCAUUCUUCAAAAGGAUUGGGAAGCCUUUUCUCGCUGAUGAAACUGAUUUCUUAAGAGGAGAUCCCGGAAGCGGAAGAAGCCCUUGCCAAAGCAUUUAGAACAUUUAGGGAAAGGAAAUAAGUCUUUUCAGGUCCUGCAAUUUGUGGGGCAGUAUUCAUCCUUGGGGCUGUGACCUCCAGGUAACUUACUCUUCAAGAUGCAAUACAGAGAAGAAGAUCAAAGUGUGGAGGAUGAAGAUGAUGACAUUUUCAGUGAAGGAAUAUCAACCAGACUCCCAGAAAUCAUGUUGGUAGGAUCUCAGUCAUUCUCCCCAGGAGGUCCCAAUGGAAUUAUUAGAAGCCAGUCCUUUGCUGGUUUCAGUGGCCUUCAAGAAAGGCGAUCCAGGUGUAAUUCAUUCAUUGAAAAUACUUCAGCACUCAAGAAGCCUCAGGCCAAACUAAAGAAGAUGCACAAUUUAGGCUACAAAAUUAACAGCCCUCCCAAAGAGCCUCAGCCUAAAAGGGUGGAAGAGGUCUACCGAUCCUUAAAGAAUGGACUUGAUGAGUAUCUGGAGGUUCAUCAGACAGAAUUGGACAAGUUGACUGCUCAGUUAAAAGAUAUGAGAAGAAAUUCUCGCCUGGGUGUUCUAUAUGACUUAGAUAAGCAAAUCAAAGCAAUCGAAAGGUACAUGAGACGACUGGAGUUUCACAUCAGUAAGGUGGAUGAACUCUAUGAAGCCUAUUGUAUCCAAAGACGCCUCCAAGAUGGUGCUAACAAAAUGAAGCAAGCUUUUGCCACCUCCCCAGCCAGCAAAGCUGCCAGAGAGAGUUUAUCGGAAAUCAACAGGAGUCACAAGGAAUAUACUGAGAAUAUGUGCACCAUCGAAGCAGAGCUGGAGCAUCUUUUGGGGGAGUUUUCCAUCAAGAUGAAAGGUCUGGCUGGCUUUGCUCGGCUCUGUCCUGGAGAUCAGUAUGAAAUAUUCAUGAAAUACGGCCGACAGCGGUGGAAACUCAAAGGCAAAAUAGAAAUGAAUGGCAAACAAAGUUGGGAUGGUGAAGAAAUGGUUUUUUUGCCUUUAAUAACUGGAUUGAUUUCUAUUAAGGUCACAGAACUCAAAGGGCUUGCAACUCAUAUCCUAGUGGGAAGUGUCACUUGUGAGACAAAGGAUCUUUUUGCAGCUCGGCCUCAGGUGGUAGCUGUUGACAUCAAUGAUCUUGGCACCAUCAAAUUAAACUUAGAAAUCACUUGGUAUCCCUUUGAUGUGGAGGACAUGACCUCAUCUACAGGCAACGGGAAUAGGGCCACAGCUCUCCAAAGGAGAAUGUCCAUGUACAGCCAAGGAACUCCGGAAACUCCUACUUUCAAGGAUCACUCAUUUUUUAAGUGGCUGCAUCCUUCACCACUCAAGCCCCGGAGGUUAGCAGUCCUGGGUGCCUUGCAAGAUACAUUCUUUGCCAAGCUUCAACGCAGCCGCUCAUUCAGUGACCUGCCUUCCCUCAGACUGAACCCCAAGGCAGUGCUAGAUCUUUAUUCUAAUCUCCCUGAUGACAUCUUUGAAAAUGGAAUGGCAGUUGAAGAAAAAAGGCCAUUGUCACUGAGUUUUUGUAACUUGCCCAAUGGGGACUGUGCCUCAUCUUCCAAAUCAAGUGGCUCCUCUAUUAACAUUGGUCAGUCUAAUCCAGAAAUUACUGUUACCCCAGCAGAGCAUAACCUCAGUAGCGUGGCUUCCCAGACUUCCCCUAGGGAUGAUACCGGUCCAGGCUCUUCCAGAAAUUCUACUGUGGAAGAUCCAAAGCCAUCGGAGCACACAGAAGUCCCCUCGACUGCUUCUGAAGUGUGCCAACAAACACCGGGCAUAGGUGAUGACAGCCUGUUCCUGGAGAAUCAUAUGGCUGUGUCACUUCUGCAAGAUUCAGAUGAGGUAUCUGAGCUGAAGCCUGUAGAACUGGACACCUUUGAAGGAAACAUCACCAAACAGCUUGUCAAGAGGCUCACCUCGACAGAGUUGCCAGUGAUUCCUGAGAGACUCCAAUUUGAGGGCUCAGUCAGUGGAGAAUCAGAAGGCUGUAGGUCCUUCUUAGAUGGGAGCUUAGAGGAAGCAUUUCAGGGGCUUUACUUAGCACUAGAACCCCAUAAAGAGCAAUAUAAAGAGUUCCAAGAUUUGAAUCAAGAGGUGAUGCACCUGGAUGAUGUUCUCAAAUGCAAGCCAGCAGGAAGCCACAGCCGGUCUUCUAGUUUAAGUCUUACAGUUGAGAGUGCUUUAGAAAGCUUUGAUUUCCUGAACACCUCUGACUUUGAUGAGGAGGAGGAUGGUGAGGAGGUUUGUAAUGUUGGAGGAGGUGCUGACUCAGUGUUUUCAGACACUGAGAUUGAGAAAAAUAGUUACAGAUCAAUACACCCCGAGGCCAGGGGGCAUCCUAGUGAAGCGCUGACAGAAGACACGGGAGUCGGUACCAGUGUAGCGGGAAGCCCUCUUCCCCUGACCACAGGAAAUGAAAGCCUUGAUAUCACCAUAGUUAGGCACUUGCAGUACUGCACCCAGCUUAUACAGCAAAUUGUGUCCUCGAGCAAAACUCCAUUUAUAGCAAGAAAUCUCUUAGAGAAGCUCUCUGGACAGGUUCAAGUGAUGGAGAAACUUGCAGCUAUCAGUGAUGAAAAUAUGGGAAACAUCAGCUCUGUCAUAGAGGCUAUCCCAGAAUUUCAUAAAAAGUUGUCACUCUUAUCCUUUUGGACAACAUGCUGCAGUCCUGCAGGGGUCUACCAUACUUCAGUUGACAGGGUGAUGAAGCAGCUCGAGGUCAAUUUUGCUAGAAUUGUCAACAAAGAACACCCAGGACUUGCAGAAACAGCAUUUCGAACACUGGUGUCUCGAAUUCUGGAUCGGGCAGAACCUCUGCUUUCUUCCAGCCUCUCCACCGAGGUCAUCACCAUUUUUCAGUAUUAUUUUUACUUUGCCAGCAAUGGUGUGAGUGACCUUGAGGGUUACUUAAUUCAGUUGGCUAAGCAAGCUGCAAUGGUUCAAACUCUCCAAUCAUUAAGAGAUGAAAAGCUGCUACAAAAUAUGACUGAUCUCACAGCCAACAACCUCCCAGUUCAGCAGGAAGUGCUCCGAACCCUGGCUUUUCUUCUGACUGAAAACAAUGAUGAGAUUAGUCAGGCUGUGACAUUAUAUUUGGCAGCAGCAUCCAAAAAUAAGCAUUUCAGGGAAAAGGCCUUACUAUACUACUGUGAGGCACUGACAGAAACAAACCUUCACCUUCAGAAAGCAGCAUGCAUGGCCCUGAAAAGUCUUGAGGCCACUGAAAGCAUUAAAAUGCUGGUAAGUCUGUGCCAGUCUGAUAAUGAAGAGAUCAGGAAUGUGGCAUCUGAAACGCUGCUCUCUCUUGGAGAAGAUGGGCGUCUGACUUACGAGCAGCUGGAUCAGUUUCCUCGAGACUGUGUGAAGAUUGGGGGUCGUUAUGGAAAUGAAGUUGCCACCGCUUUCUAACACCUACUAACCCUUUGCUGAUGUUUAAAGGCCAUGGCAUCUAGCCUUCCUGCCUGGGAUGGUGCUGUUAUUUAGCUGAGGAGAAGAGGCAAUGGAGAGAUCCUCUUAAAAGGGUGGAGAGACUUGGUUAUUUACAGAACACAUUCAAAUCGGGCUACUUGGUUCCCAUCACUUGUUUCCUUUGCCUAAUGCUAGAGCCUCUGAGUGUAUGGACUUGUUGAUAGCUCCUAGCAACACUCAGUAUAAUUCUGUCUCAUCUGGAGUGGGUGAUAUUUUAAAGAUGGACAUCUCAACUUUUUACAUGCAUUGUAUUUUUUUUAAUGGAAGUUUUCCUGUAAGUUUGAAAUAAUUCAUGUGAUGUUUUAUCUCAGCAAAGGAAAAGUGAGCUCAGUAAGGAGGGACUAAGAAGAAAAGGAUUUUGUUUUGAUUUUUUUGGUUAUUACAAGCUACAGUAAAUGUCAGUUGCCUUGUGGUUUUCUCUUUAUAAUGGACUCAGGGUUGAAUUACUCCUUUGGAUUGCUAAUGUCCUUUGGAAGAGCACAAAAAGGACUUCCACAAAUUUAGCCUGUAAAAUGAAGUGGGAUGUUAGUUUAUCAACUUAAUUUUUGAACAUCCAUAUCUUUUACUUCCCUUUUUCAGUCAUCACCAUUACCCCUCAAUAAUUCACAAAUUUAAUGUCAGUUCUUUUGAAAAGUCAGAUUAUUUUCUAAGAUCUAUAAGUUAAAGUUAUACCCAUUCAUAUAUAUGUGUGUAUAUAUAUUCAAUUUAGAAAAUGUUAAGAUUAAUUUGGUUUUGGAUUAAUAAGAAGUAGGUGUUUCACUCUUCCACGUAUAUUCCUGGGUAUUUUGUCACUAUCAUACCACAGAACUAAAGUAGAGUUAGAGAGUUAAAAGGGUCCUUGUGAUAUGCUUGGGGUAGAGGAAGACUGGUAGAGAUCCUUGGCUCUUCAAAAGAAAUAGGGUGAAGUGUGAUAGGGUGACUUUGAUGCUCAAAGAGUCUCUGAUGCAAAAUUAAAGCAAGAUGCCUACCAUCCAGAUAUACCUCUUAGUGUCUGUGCUCCAGAGACUGCCUCACGGUAGGUUUGAGACAGAGUUAGUGUGAGAUGGUUAAAGCAGUUGACAUUAAGUAAUGACUCGUCUCCCUAAAAGUAUAAAAAGUAGGAUAUACUAAGGUAUUUUACCAGUCCUUAAAAAAUUAAAAGGAAUAUGAGCUCCAGGAUCCAACUUGGUACAAUACCCUGUUUAGAUGUCAGUUAAACUCAUCAAAAUUUUUAUAUACUUCAAAGAACAAAAACAAAGCACUUCAUUUAAAAAUGUUUCCAUUGUUUGCCAGACUUUCUGGUAAAUCACUGUUUCAACUGUGAAUGUUAUAAUGAUGUAAAUAUUUGUAAAUUUAUAAAUAUCACAUAAAUAUAUAUCCUUUAUUGAAAAAAUACAUUUGUAUAGUCUAAAAUGUUUACUUGUUUAAUGGAUGAAAUGGUUCUUUUCACGAAAAGUAAAAGCUGUUUUUAUAUAUACAUAUAUAUUAUGUCUACUGCAUGAGCUGAUGAUUUCAGACUUUUUGUAUUGACUUUUGCUUUUUUUUUGGUGGGGAGGGGCUUCUAGUUUUGUGACAUUUGUACUCAUCACUCUCAUGAUCACAUAAAUUAUAAUAAAAAUUAUUUUU